AGUUCGGCUGUGGCCGUCGCCGAGUGAGGAUCUCUCCGCAGCGCGCUGAACUUGUACUGAUGUGACUAACGCCAUCUUAGAGUGGAUUUUUUUUAUCGCGCAAGAUUAUUUUAAGAUAUUAGUCGCCUUUAUAAAGCGAAGUACUGCAUUUUUCGUCGGAAUUGCAAGUUUAGAAAUUCUUUUGAUUCAUAUAAAAGACAAUUACGGAGUGUCAGGCUACACUAAAUCCAAAAGAGUUACAAAUUAUUAAAUUCAGUGUUAAUUGGAUGCAUAUAUCUUGCUCCUAUUAAUGGUUAAACUUGGAGAAUCCACAAGCGAAGCGAAUUGUGGAGCUUUAUUCUUACUGCCUCGCGUCGUCGCGGCGCCAGAUAGACUCCACCUCCCGCGCUCCCAUUGGUGGGCGCUCGCUGCCUACGUCACAGGCUGCUUCGAAGCUACAAGCCAGAUAUCAACAAUUGCACGCGGCGGGAGCGCCAGUCACAGUGCAUACUGACUACGGAGAGGUUGGAAGGUGGUAUAGAUGAGUGCGUGUGGCCAGGAGUUUGACGGGCGAACCCCGCUAGCGUGAUUGCUCCAUAGUCCAAGUGUCGCGUGAAGUCGAGAGCUCCGGAGUUGUUGUUGUUGGUUUUUUUUUUUUAAUAAUUUGAGUUUGAAUACUGCCAGCACGUAGGUAACCCAUCAUCGGGGAAAUUAUUCAGACUCCUCGGAACUGGCGAGGAGCAGGCCUCAUUUUCUGGCCUCUAGUGUUUUGUGUUGAGAGGCGCCCACUUCGGCUGCCUGUUGCGAGCACCAUGGUGCCCCAGCAGCAGAGCGAUACCAGUCGCUCCAACAGUCCCACGUCGAGUGGAUUACCUAUGUUCGGGUCCCAGCUUGUCAACAAGGACUCUUCCACACCGUACACAGAUGCCACCCAGACCAAAAAGAACAACCCGAACCACAUCAAGCGACCCAUGAAUGCCUUCAUGGUGUGGUCACAGAUCGAGCGGCGCAAGAUCUGCGAGCAGCAGCCAGACAUGCACAACGCGGAGAUUUCGAAGCGGCUGGGCCGCCGCUGGAAGAUGCUCUCCGAGGAGGAGCGGCAGCCCUUCAUCGACGAGGCAGAACGGCUGCGCCAGCUGCACAUGAAGGAAUACCCCGACUACAAGUACCGGCCGCGCAAGAAGGCCGUGAAGCCGCCUCCCAAGAGCGCGUCGCCCUCCAAGAAGAGCAAGAAGAGCGCUGCCGCAGUGUGCGCCGCGACGUCUGUGGCGGUGACGGGAGCAGCCGCCGCUGCCGCGGGGGUCACGUCGACUGGGACAUCGGUACCCACCCAGAGGAACGAUUCCAACAACAACGGUCUGGAGGGCCUGACGGGAUCGGCUUCCAGGGGCGGAGUGAGGAUCCUGCCUCCGCUGAGCCGCAGCAGCGGCAGUAGCGCACUCAAGGUGAAGCUGGCCAUCGACCGCAAGGCCAAAGAGGUGCGCGCCGCCCGGCAACAACAGCAGCAGCAGCAGCAGCAGCCGCCAUCACCACCACUGCUGCAAUACGCCCCGCAGCCGCCCAACGCUGCCGCCAAAGUGCCGUCCAGUCCCUCCUGCGACACCCCCGACUCGCCAGAGAGCGCGUCGCUGUACGACGAGGCGUCGUCGACGACAUCCGUCGCCGUCCUGGACACGAAGUUCGUGACGCCCGUGGCGGUGGCGCGCCUGCCCUCUCUGGUCCUCGCGGCGCCGUCCCCGGCCGUCGUGCCAGACAUAAAGUCCCUGCUGGCUCCCGUCAAAAUGGAGCCCAUGGAGUACGAGGAGAUAACCAUCAAGGAGGAGCCCAUUGACGUGUCCUGUGACCCGGCCGUGCCCGACGUGGCCGACGUCGCGCCCUCGUCUCACAACCACCACCACUACCACCAGCAGCAACAGCAACAGCAGCAACUGCAGCAGCACGGCGCCGUCGAGAACCCGAGCCUCGCCGAUCUGGACUCGCUCACGGACCUCUUACAGAUCUCGCCCGACUUCAGGGUCGACCUGGACACUUUUAGUAACGUUUUCACCAACGACCUGGAUUCCUUCGACACGACCAGCUCCAGCUCGGGCUCGCACCUCGAGUUCUCGUGCACGCCCGACAUGACGGACAUGCUGUCUGACUUCGGCGUCACCGAGUGGGUCGACAACAGCUACUGCUGAGCUGUCGGCCUUCGCUGCCGCCGUCGUCGCCACUGCCCUCCCGGAGUGUGGGCCACUACUUAGACGAUGCAGAGGCACGCCACCGACGCUCGUCCUCACUUUCACUCGACCUUUCUGUAAUGCGUAAAAUGUAGGCGCGACCGACCAUCCCUGUUGCGCGGGCGCGGGACGUCCUUUUGCCGGCCCGCAUUUGUCAUUUGUUUCCUUCUCCGGUCGAGGUCGAGCCUACAUUUUGUGCGCCAGUUUAUUACGUACCGUACGUGUACGGUAUUCGUGUAACGCGAAGCUCUGCACGUACGUCAGGUUUUAAGCUUUUUUUACCGAUAUUAUUUUCUCUUAGUAGACUGCUUUGUGCAUAUGUUAUGGCACAUCUCUAAUUUUUUAGUUUAGGAACAUUACUUUUAUAUACGAAUUCUAAUAUUGGACGACAGAGUGUAUUCAUUCUUAAUGUACAAAGUGUAAUCUAAUAGAUCAGUUUUUUCUGUUUACGACAUUUGUGCUUGAGCUUACAGUACGCUGAACUCCGUGAGCUUGCUGCGCGAACUCCGUACGUAUGGAUACCCUGGAUGGUGGGAUUUGUUUGUUAUUUCCACUGUUUUAAUGGAAGAACUAAACUAGCCCAUUUGUUGUAAAUUUAAUGUCUUUAUGCACUAUGACUGUAAACGGUAACACAUUGCUCAAGGGUAAAGCUUCGUAUGUCGCAUUCGAGUGCCGAGAGUUCCUCGUAGCCGCCGUGUUGGCGUCUGUCUGUAAUGUACGUACAUCCACAAAAGCUUAAACCUUGAUGUAUGUGUUCGGCUGCACCCUUCGGUGUACGUUUCACUUAGUCCACAUUGAUCUCUAUGAAAGCGUGUAUCAUGUCGAUCGAGUCUAGUUCCGGUACUGGCUGCUGUCUUUACUCCUUGUUAGUGCCUGCAGACCUGCUCCACAGGCAAUAUUAAGGCCAAACUCAAAUACACGUGCUCUGAGGAAAACUACUAUCUGGCUGUGAUAACCUGUCUCGGGUGACCAAUCUGUUUUCUUCUUGUUGUUCAGACUGGUGAAAAUUGAAAGAGGUUAAGCAGAUGCUAAUAAGAAAAGGCGAUUUGUGGAAAUUCGUCCUCAUGUAUGAUAAGAAUAAGGCCUAACUGGAAGUGCACCGUACGGAUGAACACCUUCAGUGUUCACAGGAACUACACUCACAUAUCAUGAUACGUCAUUAUAAGUCAUUAUCGUUAAUAAGUUCAUCAGUCUAGCAUCGUUAUCAUACAUGGACUGUUUGUGUUCAUGUUGCAUUUGAAAUUGGCAGAACAGUAAAUGAAAAUAUUGGUACUUAACUAGGUAAAAAGAGGGUGUACAAAAUUGAGAAAGCACAGUCAGGGGUUUUUCUUGUAUGAAUGUGUGUAUUCAAUAUUGGAAGAUUGCAUAGUAUAUAAGAGCUUUGUGGUGGAUAGUUCCUGAUACACUAGCCACCUUGACUCUAUAUAUAUAUAUAUAUAUAUAUAUUUGAUUUACUGUUUAAGUUAACAUGGUUUUGAUAUUUUCUUCUUUCAAAUAACAACCUAUAAUUAGAGAAGAAUGUAUGUAGUACGGUUAUGUAUCUGAAUAAUAAAUAGGUGGGACUUUCGGUUAUCUGUGUACUUGAUUUUUUGAAGUUGUAAAAAUGUUCCUGUGUUUUCAAAUAUGAUUUUUGUAACUCCCCAUCAUAGGUAUACAUAUGUGGGAAAUCUCUUAUAUGCUUAUGUAUCAUGUUUUUAACAUAUAACUAUAGUCACUUGUAUGAUAGACAGCUAGGCAGAUAUAAAAGCACAAAGUUUAAUUGAUGGAACUUUCUCAUCUUUGUGUGGAACAAGUAUUUUAAUAAUGAUGACACACGAUAUGUGGUGUAUAUACCUGUUGACCUGUUAUCUUAAUAUGUGUGCUAUUUCUUUUUAAAUGGAACAUCUUUCCAAUUCUCUAGUUGUAUAUGAAAAAAUUCUUGAUGGAGUAUAUAGCCUGCAUAUUACCGCGUGUUCCUCUCAACACAUUUUUACAUGUGUGCAUAUAGAAAACAAGUCCAGUGAACUGGCUUGUCAGUAGAAAAGUGAAAGCUUCAUUGUCAUGUUGAGUUUGCCAAAUGAAGAGAGGAGAAAAUUGUUUCUUAACAUGAGCUGAGUUACUUGUGAUAGCAGAGCGAUUAGGCAUUGACCUGCAAAUGUUGUCACAAUUGUUUAAGGGAAAGAGAAGAAAAUGCGUUAUUAGUAAUAUGAGAUGACGUUUCUGUGUUUGAGUUCGCAGCCUUUGUAAAGUGGGUCAUACCCAGUAUUUUGCUCACCUUUUGUACAUUAUAAUCCUAUGUUUUUAUAUUAUUGUUAUGUGAUUUAUAAAUAUAUAUAUAUAUAAACCAUUUAUGUUUUUGGUGAGGUCAUCUACUAAAGGCAGAAGUUGCGGAUAUGCACAAAAGUACCGUUAAGUUAUUUUACUGCUGACCUGAUGUAUGCCAGUCUUGCACUGUUGCUUUUCCAUUGACUCUUUUUCUGUUAAGGCUUUCGAGCUGUAAAACUUAGGUUCUUGAACCUCAAUUCGUAAUUCUAAGUCAGUUAUAUAUGUUCUGUAUACAAUUUAAGACAGCUUUUGUCAUUUUUUGUACAAUUAAAAUAUUUAUUACAAGUUUGUUUGUUUAUUUUGAUUUAUAUGAUUUGAGUGCUUUGUUAAAUGAUCCUUCUGUGCUUUUUGUUAUGUGAAUAUUUUGUACAACCUCACUGAAAUAUAUUAUGCAUAGAAAGAUAAUUUAUGAAAAGAAAAUUAGCAAUAUUUUUGCAUAUAUAUAAUAAAAUAGUGUAAAAAGUUUACCUUAAAGCAUUUUUGUAAAACAGCCCAUGUAUCAUACUUCAUAUAUACAUAUUAGUUGAAAUAACAUGUACAUUUUGUAUGGUAGAUUGUUUAUAAAAAUAUAUGGUACACACACCA